UUUAGAGGGUUAAAUUGUUUGUCCUCACACUCCAAGCCCUGGGAUACCCAACUCACUCUUAACAGACUACAGGGAAUCCUCGAUUUAUAACCAUAAUAGGGAACAGAAUUUCCGUUGCUAAGCAAAGCAGUUGGUAUAUGAAUUGUCCCCAAUUCUACAAUCUUUUUGCCAAGGGUUGUUAUGGGAAUUACUGCAGUUGUUAAAUGAAUCAUGAUGUUGGUAAGUGAAUCCUGCUUUUUCCAGUAGGAAGAUGGGAAGAUCACAAAUGGUGACCCCAUGACCUAAGGACGCUGCAACCUUUGUAACUACGUGCUGAUUAUUAAACCCCCGGAUUCUGAUCACAUGACUGUGGGGAUACUAUGAUGGUCCUGUGAGGAUUGGUCCUGUCAUUUCUUUUCAGUGCUGUUGUAACUUUGAAUGGUCGUAAAUGAAUGAUUGUAAAUCAAGGACUACCUAUACGGCAUGAACCCCACCCUUGCAGCCCAACCUGUGGCACAGGGGCCGUGUCUCACGCUCCCACCUCCCCAAAUCAAACCAAUCUUUAUUAGGGUCACACAGCAGCAUGCCAAAGCAAUACCACAAAUGUCCCCAUAGCCCAUCUUCCUCUGCCACAGGGCACAAUUCUGUUUUUUGCAAAGAGCCGGCAAUUUCCCUCUAUCAGGCCUCCCCUGCAGAUAUGUGGGACUACAACAUCCAUCCUCAUGCGAGGGAUUAACUCCAUUUCCUCUCUUCUAUUCCUAUCCCAUCCAGACAUUUGGGACCCAAGGCUCGGGUAAAUGGGAGUUGCAGUUCCAGACACUUCUAGAAGCACUGGGCCCGCGGAAGAAAGGAUGGGAAUCGCCACCGCAACUCUGGAAGAUGAGAGCUGGUGUUACAGAGAAUCUCAAAGGUCCUGGACUCACCCCAGCACCUGCAGGAGGCAGGCAGAUGGGAGAUGGAGUCCUCCCAGAAGCUAAGAAGGAACUGGGCAGAGUUGAGUCCCAGGCAUGCUUGGAUGUCUCCGAUUCACUCCAGGAGCCAGGCAGAUGUGUGAUGUUGCUGAUGGAUGAUCUGGGUCAUAUUUCCCAGUGGAACGCCAUCGUGGCUGGGAGUCUGGCGGGAAUGAUGGCGGCCGUUGCAACCUAUCCGACGGAGGUGAUCAAGACCCGGCUGAUUGUGCAGAAUCGCCUGGACCCUCCCUACAAAGGCAUUCUUCAUGCUUUAUACAUGAUUUACCACCAGGAAGGAGCCUCUGCACUUUAUCGGGGUGUUUCUUUGUCAGUAUUAGGUGCAAUCCCUUUUUCCAUUGCUUCCUUCCUUGUGUACACUCACCUGGAUGAACUCUGGGGUCAACCCAGCCUUUCUUUCACACCAAUGCAAAACUUCUUCAACGGCUGCCUGGCUGCUGCAGUGGCUCAAACCUCCUCUUUCCCCUUCGAAACAGUCAAGAGGAAAAUGCAGGCUCAAAGCCCCUGCCUCCCUUCUUCUGGGGGGGUCGAUGUCCAUUUUACCGGUGUGAUAGAUUGCUUUAAACAGACGGUGAAAAAAAAAGGAGUCCUCGCUCUCUGGAAUGGACUAACUGCCAAUUUACUCAGGAUCGUCCCUUACUUUGGGAUCAUGUUCAGCACUUUUGAAUUCUGCAAGCGGGUCUGCCUGUACCGGAAUGGUUACACCGAUUCCCCUUUACGCUACGCCCUUACUCCCGGUGUAGACCAGAGUUUACAACCUCAGGAAUUGCAAGACAUAAAGUUCCUUGGACGUAGAAACUUCUAAGCCUCUGGAUGCAUUUUUGAAUGCAGCUUCCCAGCAAACAGAGGCACUGAGAUUCAAAGCCAGCUAUCUUGUCUUCCGAGGAAUUUCUGCCAGAGGCCCCAAACUCAAGGAAAUGGGACAUAAUUUCUUUAUUUAAGAUGGUCUGUGCAACCGGACAGCCUCCCAAGCUGAUAAAAUCCAUCCACUCUCAUUUAUUGCCAACUAUUGAACUGUGGUGCUGUCUAAGCUUGGUUGUUUUCUUGCAGACGUUUCAUUGCCCAACUAGGUAACAACAUCAGUGCUGGAGGGAGAGUGGGUUUUGCUUUCUCAAAUAUAUAUAUAUAUAUAUAUAUGUAUAUAACCUGAGAACAAAUUUCACUCCCUUCCAGCAUGAUGAUGCUACCUAGUUGGGUCCUGAAACAUCUGCAAGAAACAACCACACUCAGAGAGCACCAGGGACCCCACACUUCAACCCUGAGUUACAAACAUUCCAACUAUUGAACUAUUGAUUGGAAUGGUAUCGCCAUUUUGGUCUCCUAACUUAUGAACUCUUAAAAACUCCGUUCCUUUUCCAGUGCAGCCUGAUCCGUCACAGCAUAAUAAUGAAUCUCAGGUCAGCAAUGUGUGAAACCGUCAUUCGUCACAGGAUCGUCAGGAAGGAAAACCAGGGGCCAAUGCGAGACAAUCUCAUACCCUGAAGAUGGGAAUCCCAUGGGGACUUUUUGAAGUACAGCUCUCCUCUUAGAAGUGGAAUUGUGUACGUGAGGAGGAAGAGGAGGCUAAAAAGAGAUCCUUCUCCACAUCAAAAUCCCCCUGGCCAUAGAAAGCUAGCUGAUGGACAACCGAUUAGAGAUGUCCCUGACAUGCUGACUUUCCACGGGGAAUGAAUUUUAAUAGGGUGGUUGAACGUUUAAUUCCUGAAAAACAGCAAAACCGCCCCCCCCCCA